CGGAGCCUGGCUCAGAAGCCACGUCUAGCGAGCUGUUUUCCUAAUAUGGGUAGCGUCGGGCGUGGAGCUGUCAGCUGAGCUGUGUGCGCCUGCGCGGGGUGUCGAGACAGGGCGUGUUCGCGGUUCAGUGCCGGUGUUUCGCGGGGCGAGGGCGUCUCUCGCAGCCGGAGUGCGUCCUGCUGAAGCCUGUGGUUGCACGCCUACCCUCUUAGGGGCUACCUUCCUCGACCAUGUCCAAGUCUCUGAAGAAGUUGGUGGAGGAGAGCCGGGAGAAGAACCAGCCCGAAGUGGACAUGAGUGACCGGGGCAUCUCCAACAUGCUGGAUGUCAACGGCCUCUUUACCUUAUCCCAUAUCACACAACUGGUCCUCAGCCAUAACAAGUUAACAACGGUGCCACCCAACAUCGCAGAACUGAAGAAUUUGGAAGUGCUCAACUUUUUUAAUAACCAGAUCGAAGAGCUGCCCACACAGAUCAGCAGCCUUCAGAAACUCAAACACCUGAACCUCGGCAUGAACAGGCUGAACACUUUGCCACGAGGCUUCGGCUCCCUGCCAGCUCUUGAGGUUCUGGACUUGACUUACAACAACUUGAGCGAAAAUUCUCUUCCUGGAAACUUCUUCUACCUGACCACCCUGCGUGCACUCUAUCUAAGUGACAACGAUUUUGAAAUCCUGCCGCCAGAUAUUGGGAAGCUCACAAAGUUGCAGAUACUCAGCCUUAGGGAUAAUGACCUGAUCUCGCUGCCUAAGGAAAUCGGGGAGCUUACCCAGCUUAAAGAGCUCCAUAUUCAGGGGAACCGCCUCACCGUUUUGCCCCCAGAACUAGGAAACUUGGAUUUAACUGGUCAGAAGCAGGUAUUCAAAGCAGAGAACAAUCCCUGGGUGACCCCCAUUGCAGACCAGUUCCAGCUUGGUGUGUCCCAUGUGUUUGAGUAUAUCCGUUCUGAGACAUACAAAUACCUCUAUGGCAGACACAUGCAGGCCAACCCAGAACCACCAAAGAAGAAUAAUGACAAAUCGAAGAAGAUCAGCCGGAAACCCCUGGCAGCCAAGAACAGAUAAGGAAGGAGUUGGCAUCGGCUGGCCUUCCAGCACCUUCUCUCUCCAACACUUCAUUCUCUCUUGCUCUCUCAAAUAAACACAAUGCGUGUGUGGCCUUUUUUAUUUUUCUUUUCACUCUGUAAUGCUUCCCACCUUACCUUUUAGAUUCUUUUGGUAGGUGGGAGAUUGUUGUAAGGUCUUUAAACCAUUUCCAUUUGUUUCUUUAAAAUUACGAAAAGCAGGGAACAAAGCUCUUAUUCAACUGCAAAUUCCAUAGUGGGCUCAGGCUUUUGUUGAAUAGACAUCACAAGGUUGCUUAUUAUCAAAAGAAUAAUUAAAAUCAUGUAACCAUUUAAAUGUCACUGUUAACACUUUUCACUCUUUCUGUUGAUUCACACAACUCAUUAUUUUGCUUUAUUAAAAAUCUUCUUCGCCACCGAGAUAUGUUAAUUUAACUUACAAAUGAUUUUAAUAAAAUCUUGAGUGAGUUUGUAUCACAUGUUACUUGUUGACCCAGAAUAAAAGAACAGUCUGAUCUUGGGGUAUAACACAUUUUCAUUUACUUUUCUCCCCCAAAAUCAUCUUAUCCAAUUUUAUUGGUUAUACAUGAUAAACUUUUCAUGAAAGAAAUGCAAAAUUAAAUCACAGUUCGUUUCUUCUCACA